AGUCAUUAGAUCGUCGAACGAGGUUAAAGUCAGGGGUUUUUUAAGACACACAAACAAGCUCCGAACUCAAGCUGCACGCAACUCAAAAAUGUCGUCCUUCACACAUCAGGCGGCUCCGUCGACGUCUAAACAACACACAACUGUUAAUAGAAACCAGAGCAGCAGCUUUUUACCGCUUCUACCGGUCAUGAUGUUCCUACUUGUGGGAUUGGUCUCCGUCAUCCGAGCCGAUGAGUGCCAAUUAACUCCCGUUAUUCACGUUCUCCAGUAUCCUGGAUGCAUCCCGAAACCGAUUCCGUCAUUCGCCUGCACCGGUAAAUGCACCAGCUACGUCCAGGUUUCCGGAUCGAAACUGUGGCAAACGGAGCGUUCGUGCAUGUGCUGCCAGGAGUCAGGUGAGCGUGAAGCCACUGUCUCCCUGCUGUGUCCGAAAGCCGCACCUGGAGAACCAAAACUGCGACGGGUCGUGACACGGGCUCCAGUCGACUGCAUGUGUAGGCCUUGCACGGCCCUGGAAGAGAGUGCCGUCAUGCCACAAGAAAUCGCUCGCUUCCUAGACGACGGAUCCUUCCCUUUCAAACUCUAAAAAAUACAGAAAAAAGAAAAAUAAUUAUUAUUACAAAAAGAAAAAUUCAAAUAUUAUAUUAGUCGUCGUCGUUGUUUGUAAUCCAACUGUUGUUCUGCUUUGAGAAAAAAAACUAAAUUCAUUUCCCGUUUGUUUGAUUAUUUUUGUUUGUUUUUUUCGAGGAUAAUAUCUUUCUAUUUUAUUGACGCCGUAUAUAUAUAUACAAUACACACGUUUCAGAAGUCUAUAUAUAAUAUAUAUAGAGAACACGAGUUUGAAAUACAGACAAAUGUUGUGACAGCCA